AUGGAUAAAGAGAUUUCGAAAAGAUGGGUUCGCCUCAGCGGAGACCGAGCUCGGCGGGGAGAGGGGGCGCGGCAGAGGGAUCCGGCCGAGGGGAGCGGCGCCCUCUUCCCAGCAGGUCCCCUCGGGCUGGCGGCGGCGGCGGCUUCCGGCCGGGGAGGAAGCGCCGCUGCGGGGCGGCCGGCGGAGGAGGACGCGGCCCUGACGGUGACCGUCACCUACGGGAACGCGGCCCUGACGGUGACCGUCACCUACGGUAGUGAAAAGCAUAAUCUUCGGAUCGCUUCUCAAGAAGAAGACAGCCAGCCGACAGUACGUGACAUGGCCCUCUUAAUUGAGCAAGUAACCGGAGUUCCGCUUUCUUUUCAGAAACUGAUAUAUAAAGGAAAAUCCUUGAAAGAAAUGGAACAGCCAUUGUCAACGUUUGGAGUGAAAAACGGUUGUAAAGUUAUGCUGAUUGGAAAAAGGAACAGUCCUGAAGAAGAGACUGAGUUAAAGAAAUUGAAAGAUUUGGAGAAAUCAGUGGAGCAGAUAGCCAAAAAAAUAGAAGAAGUUAAUAAAGAACUUGGAGGUAUUCAGAAAGGUUUUUUAGCCAAGAAUCUUCAAACCGAAGCUCUUAGCCAGUUGGAGAAGCGAAUCAAGGGAACUGCUGAGCAGUUUAUGAAGAUUCUGGAACAGAUAGAUGCCAUUGCUUUCCCAGAGAACUUCAGCGACUGCAAACAGAAGAAGAAGGGGCUAGUGAAAAAGGUUCAGGCUUUUCUUGCCCAGUGCGAUACAGUGGAAGGAAGUAUUGGUCAAGAAAUGGAUAAGCUACAGUCGAAGAACAUGGCUCUGGCAGAAUGAGGCACUCCUUUAAGUAACUAAAAAGAAAUAAUUGCUCUGUGAGCAAGAAGAAGAGUUUGCUCUUGAUUUUGGAGCACCUGUGUUAGUGUUCAAAAUUUUAUUUUACGCAGAGUCCAGUAAAAUUAUUGCAUGUUGGUCAUUGCUCGCUGGUCGGUGUUCACUCCUUAAAGCUCUUCUUUCCACAAAAAUUCUGCAGUGGUUCUUUAAUAUAUUCAAAACCUGCCUUUGUGUGGUCAGAUAUGCUUCAGCAAACUAAAUGUUGCAUUUUAUAAACCAUUCAGAGCAAUAAGGAAUGUAACUAUGAUGCUGUUGAGUUCUUCUAUGUGUAUUCGGAUGUAGGAAAGAUUUAACUGCGGCCAGGAUUCUGUCUGUCUGACUUUCAGAAUGCCUAAAUUGGAACGUACUGUUAAGAUGUCCUGUACUUCAACUAGUGGCUGUACAUCAGUAAGCUUGAUCCUAAUCUGUACGUGAUUAUGAUACACAGUUUUGAAAUCUCAAGUACACUUUCCCUUGGAACGAUGGUGGAAAUCUAAGUGGGUCAAUUCAUCAUGUCAAAUAACUUGGACGAUCCAUCAUAAAGAAUUUGCCAAAUUCUUUCAGACUUUUCACCUCCCAUCGGGGCCAUAACACUGGCUUUUAAGGCCGAAAUGGAAUUAAUUUCUUACAGAUAAGUAUUUAUUGACUAUGACAGUAGUGGCAGCACAUGUUUCCAACAUACAGCUUUAAAUGCGCAUAGGUCUUCAGGAUCUCACUAAUGACAGCUGCCAUUUGCUUGUUCUGACUUGGAUGGCCCAGGCUAGCUUGAUCGCAUCAGAUAUCAUAAGAACAUAAGAGA